AUGCUGGCAGCCGCCCUGCUGCUGCUGGCGCGCCCCGCAACCGCCGAGGGCCUGCUGCUCAAGGUCUACCACACACCCGCCAGCCCCAUCAAGGCCAUGCCCUCCUUUGCCACGCUGGUGAGCAGCCUGACCCCAGUUGCCACCGACAGCGUCGCGCCCGUCGACUUUGCCUGCCGCCGCCCCGCCAACCUGCGCUGCUGCGGACCCUACUCAGAGCACACUGCCGCGACCCUGGAGGGCUUCCUGUCAGUGGAGCAGAACGGCACCUACGAGCUCUUCCUCAACGCCGACGACGGCGCCACGCUGGCGCUGGACGGCAAAGUGGUGAUCGACAACGGCGGCGCGCCACACAUAGAGCGGGAGCUGGGCCUCUCCAUCUGGUUGCAGUCGGGCCUGCACCCGGCAGAGGCGAAGCUGCAGCGCCAGGCAGAGGCAGAGGUGGCCAGCAGUAGCGAGGUGCUGCAGCAGCGGGUGGCGGACCUGGAGGGUUGCACGCUUUGUGACAACCUGCAGGCUAUGGGCGGCGAGCGGGUCGCCCGUCUUGCCAUGCUGGAUAGCGUUGCGCUGGCUGCCGACACGGACACAGGGCUGCCACUGGCCCGGCAGCCCUGGGCAGCGCAGGUUAGCCGCGUUCUCGCGGCGGCCGGCGCCCCCUGCGACUUGACUGCUGACGAGGGGGUUGCCAUACCUGAAUUGGCGGAAGCGCUCCUGGAGCGCCAUGUUGCCUCGUACACGCAUGCAUCCGUGAAGGUGCAGCGGUACAUUGAGGACGUGUGGGGGGGCAGCAUCUCUGCGGAGGCCUACACGCCUGCGUCGUUCCUGUGCGAUGUGCCCGAGCGCCGGCGCCGGGUGCGCCUGGCGCAGUGGCGCACGGGGUCACACUGGAUGGCUGAGGAGACAGGCCGGUGGCAGCGGCUGGACCGCACCCAGCGCCCAUGCCCCCACUGCCAGGCCCCUCUAGAGGACGUACGCCACGCAGUGUAUGACUGCCCCCUAUACGCUGGGCUGAGGGAGGAGUAUGCUGAGCUCUUCCACAGUCCCGGCCACGCCUUGCCCUCCCUGGCCGCCUUCCUCGGCCAGGCCAGGCAGGGCCGGCUGGCCCGGUUUGCCGACCGGUCUGCUCACGCGGCCUAUCAUAGCGGGGUGACUGUAACACUGUGUAUUGCCUAUUACAACGUGGACGACGACGUGGUGCUGCAGCUGAGCUGGAGCCGCAGCGAGAAAGGGGUGGGCAAGGCGCCCGUGGGCGCCGCCCACCUGGCCGCCCCGGAGGCGGCUGGGGCGGCGCCCAAGGGGGCCAAGCUGAACCUGGCAGAGGGGCUGGAGAUGUGGGCGUGGAGGAAAGAAGGGGAGGAGGCGACCGACUUUCCACCCGACUAUGCCAGGCUGGCGCCGCACCUCGUCACCUACAAGAUCCAGACCUACGUGAGCCCAGGCUGCCUGCUGGCCUGCUGGCCACUGCCGCGCUGCUUCGGCCGCCACGUCAGCGACACCUGGGCCAAGUUUUCGGGCUACCUGCUGGCCCCCGCCACCGCCACCUACACUUUCUUCCUGUCCUCCUCCGACGGAAGCCGCCUGUUCCUGGGCGGCGCCCUGGCGGUUUCCAACGGCGGCGUGCACAAGCUGCAGCAGCGCAGCGGGAAGGUACCGCUGGAAGCUGGGUGGCACCCGCUGGUACUGGAGUGUUUCCAGCACGACGCCUCUGGAGGGGUGGAGCUGGAGUGGGAGGCCCCCGGCUCUGCCCGCAGGAUAGUGGCGGCGCCGUACCUCAGCAGCGCGCCCCCGCUGCCGCCGGGAGUGGCCUGCCCCUCCACCGCCCUCUCCUGCUACCCCACGUUUGUGGGAGGACCCAAGUCACCGCCGCCAAGCCCCGCGCCGCCUCCCAGCCUGCCACCGCCCUCGCCGCCACCCCCGCCCUCGCCUUCGCCGCCGCCACCCUCCCCGUCACCGCCUCCCAGCCCCGCGCCGCCCAGCCUCUCCCCGCUGCCAUCGCCGCCGCCGCCCAGCCCCUCCCCACCACCCAGCCCGCCGCCUGCCGCACCGCUGGGCACCCCGACCUGCAUCCCAGGCCGCUUCAUCGCGGGCCAGGUCUGCAAGGUGUGCCCCGUGGGGUACCGCUGCCCCGGCGGUACCGCCCAGCCCCAGCCCUGCGCCGUGGGAUACUACGCCGACGAGCCGGGCAGGACCGCCUGCGACCCCUGCCCCGAGUACUCCUUUGCACACUUCCCCGCCUCCACCGCCUGCAUCGCCUGCUACUUUGGAGAGCCAAAGGUGGUGGCGGGCAAGGGCGACGGCUUCUGGCCCUGGUGA